AUGUACUUUUUUCUUGAUAUUUGUUACUUGCAAAUGUACCUGUAUUACUUGUACCUGUAUGAAUAUAUCUGUAUUACCUUUACCUGUAUUACAUGUCCUAAAUUCCCUGUCCCCUUUUUACUUGAUUACCUGUUUCUGUUACCUGUCCCUGUAUUACUUGUAUUACCUGUAUCUGCAUUACCUGUCCUUGUAUUACCUGUAUCUGCAUUACCUGUCCCUAUAUUACCUGUCCCUGUAUUACCUAUAGCAGAUGAUGAGAUGGCAGCUCUUCAGAUAGCAGCUGAUGAGAGAUCAGCUCUUCAGAUAGGAGUUCUUCACAUAGCAGAUGAUGAGAUAGCAUCUCUUCAGAUAGCAGCUGGUAAAAUAGCAGCUCUCCAGAUCGCAACUGAUGAGAUAGAAGCUCUACAAAAGCCAGUAGCUGAUGAAAUAGUAACUCUUCAACAUCUAGAAGCUCUUCAGAAUAGCAGCUUUUCAACAGACAGCAGUUCUUCACAUAGCAGUUCUUCACAUAGCAUCUCUUCAGCAGUUGUUGUCGAUGGUAGUGAUGAUGAUCAAGAGGUUCAUUGA